CAGAGAGGUUAUACAUUGCGAGCCGCAGUCAGUCGCGGCAAUUAAAUUGUUGCAAAUUCGUAAAUAUGCGCACUUGAAUUCAGUUUUGCUUUCAACCGUCCGUCGAGUUACGCGUAAAUGCAGGCACGUGUGAUCGUGUCGAUAUUUGAAAGUCUCUGCUGCAAAUGAAAUGAUGUCCCAUACGAAGGUAAUUCCACAUAACCUCAUUCAGUGGGACCAGAGUGACAAUUCCCUGGCCCCGUUAACGGAGUGUCAAAAGGAUUGCUUGACAGAUCUCGAAACCGUGAUGACCUCGUUCUUUCCGCUGUCGAGCUUACAGUCGUCCAAGGUAAACGACGAGAAGCUACGCGAGCAGAUCUCUCGAGAGAACGUCCCGCCGGUAGAAAAGUAUCCGGAGUUGCUUGAGCAUUUCUUGUCUCUGGAAAGGAAAUACGUAUCCAUGUACGACAUGAAGUACAGCCUGUAUCUCGACGAGCUGAAGUCGAGGAGGUCCGAGUGCCACGAUGUUUGCUCUCAGAUAGAGGAAACGUUGGACGAUUUUUCUGCGCUUUACAAACAGUACACCGAAGUCUCCAGCAAGACCACGUCCCUGUACGAAGCCAGCGAACAGCUGAUUUUCGAUCAGAAGCAGUUGAACGCGACGAUCGACGGCAUCACGGAGUACGUCAGGUACUUCAAGGAGAUCGACGUAAUCGCGGAGAAGCUGGACGCGUCCACCCUGUCGGUGAACAGCGAGAUGUUUUUCAACUUGCUAGACAAAAUUGACACGAAUAUCGAUUUUAUGCAAAACAACUCGUCGUACAAUGAGAGCGGAAUUUACCUGGUGAGAUACAAGCAUUGCCAGUCGAAGGCGAUCGCGCUGAUACAGAAUUACAUUUCCAACCUGUUCUCCAGAACCACCGAGAGUAUUUUGAACCUGAGGGACAGUGAGAAUUCAGCGUCGGAGAACGCGGACACGGCUCUCGCUCUGUUCUACGGCAGAUUUCAGACGAUCUUGUCGAAAACGAGACCGGUCAUCGGGCAGAUCGAGAGCAAGUCGUACAAGAGACAGGAGUACGACAGCCUGUUGCACGAGUGUCACCAAUACUAUUGGAGCCAGCGAGGCUUGGUGCUAGGCACGAGCAUACAGAAGUCCCUGAAUUCUAUAAGGGAAAAGUAUAACGGCGACCAUUGCAGUUUAGUGCGGCAUUCCUGCGCAUUGCUCUUGCACGCGUCGAUAGACGAGCACAAACUGUUCUACGAAUUCUUCUCGAAGCAAUCCAACGGACUGACCGCAUACCUGGAGAGCUUGUGCACCUCUCUGUACGACGCACUGAGACCUUUCAUAAUACACAUAAAUCAUCUCGAGACACUGGCAGAGAUUUGCUGCAUUCUACGAAUUGAGAUGCUGGACGAGCAUGUGCAGAAUAACUUUGAACCACUGGAGGGCUUCGGCAACAUAUGUCUGCAGCUGUUGCACGACGUUCAAGAGAGAUUGGUGUUUCGCGCGCAUUUGUAUCUGCAAUCCGACGUGCUGAAUUACAAUCCGUCGUCAGGCGACCUGGCGUAUCCGGAAAAACUGAAGAUGAUGGAAGAUAUAGCGGAAUCGAUUAGGGAAGCGACCCGCCAGACUCGUAUGAAGAGGAUCUCGGUGUCGUCCACCGACAGCUCGGCUUUCGAACCAGUCUCGCGAAAUCACAUAGUCAUCGAUUCCAUUUAUCAGAAGACACACAUGGGGAAUUCACCGGCGGAUCUGCAUGCCAUGUGGUAUCCCACAGUUCGCAGAACCCUGGUGUGCCUGUCGAGGCUCUACCGUUGCGUCGACAGAUCUGUGUUUCAGUCGCUGAGCCAGGAGGCCAUUUCCCUCUGUGUUCAGAGCAUCGAGAAUGCCAGGCAGGAAAUUGAGAAGAGAGCGAGCACACUGGACGCGGAGUUGUUUCAGAUAAAGCACUUGCUCAUUCUUAGAGAACAAAUCGCCCCCUUUCAAGUGGAUUUUACCAUCAAAGAGUACAGCUUGGACUUCUCCAAAGUGAAGACCGCUGCGUUCGGGCUGCUCGAGAAGAGCUCCAGAUUCUUCACCUUGUCGAACAACGCGCUAUUGCAGUUCCUUUUGGAAGGCGCACCGCAGAUGAAAGAGCAACUUAUCGACUCGAGGAAGCACGUGGACGCAAAGCUGAGACUUACGUGCCAACGAUUAAUACAGCACACAACUUAUUUAUUGAUUUAUCCUAUUGUCAAAUUAUUGGAGAAGGAAAGGUUGCUUGAUGCAAGCACGAGUCAAGAAAACGCGUUAGGUAGCGCGCAAGAAAUAGCAGCUAUAGUGGCCGAUGUACUGAGGAUAAUCAAGUUCAAAUGUCCUGAGGUACAGCAAUCGAUGCAAUUAUAUUUGGCUAACAAAGAAACUGAAUUCAUUCUCUUUAAGCCAGUGAAGAAUAAUAUUUGUGCCGCAUUCACGCAGUUGCAUCAAACAUUGAAUAAGUAUUAUAACGCGGAGAAUCUUCUGCUGAUCGCGUGUCCCUUGCCAGAACAGAUUUCUGUUAUGUUGAGUUCAACAACGUUGAUUCAAGGUAAAUCAAAUCGAGAAUCGCAGUCGAGUUUGAAACAAUCGCAGUCAUUUGCUAAACAAGAAGAUUAAAUAAUAUUUCAGUUUUUAUUGGUUAUUAU